AUGCCAAAGAAGAGAGCUUCCAACGGUAGAAACAAGAAGGGCAGAGGUCACGUCAAGCCAGUCAGAUGUUUGAACUGUGCUAGAUGUGUGCCAAAGGACAAGGCCAUCAAGAGAGUCACCAUCAGAAACAUGGUUGAGGCUGCUGCCGUGAGAGACUUGUCUGAGGCCUCCGUCUACCAGGAGUACGCCUUGCCAAAGUUGUACAACAAGUUGCACUACUGUGUCUCCUGUGCCAUUCACGCCAGAAUCGUCAGAGUCAGAUCUAGAUCCGACAGAAGAAUCAGAACUCCUCCACAGAGAAAGAGAUUCUCCGCCGACAGAAAGGUCUCUCCUGCCGACGCUGCCAAGAAGGCCGCCUAA